AUGGGUCCACAGAUCAAGAUGCUCACUGGAGCAUUGUCCGCCUCUACACGGCCGACUCUGUCCGGACCGCUGGCAACCUUUUCUCUAUCACGAUGCUUCUCCACCACCUCCCGGUCCCUCAACUGGUUGGUCCCAAAAUACCAAGAAAAGUCCAAGUCUCCCAAGGGUCGGCCUCACGUCGCUACUGGCGGAUCCACCCGAGGAACAACAGUCGUGUGGGGAGAUUUCGGCCUGCGCAUGAAAGACCACGACCGCCGCAUGCCCGCAUCUGCAUUGAAGAUCGCCGAAGAGACUAUCAAGCGCCGGCUACGAGGAAUGAAUUACAAGUUGUACAAGCGUGUCAGCGCAAACAUCGGUGUCUACACAUCCGGUAACGAGCAGCGUAUGGGUAAGGGUAAGGGUAAGUUUGAUUACUGGACUGUCCGACUGCCCGUGAGCCGAGUUGUUUUCGAAUUGAAGGGCGAUGUACACGAGAAGGUUGCUCGCGAGGCAUUCAGAUUGGCGGGUCACAAAUUGCCAGGUCUCUGGGAAUUCGUCCACAAGGACGACCCUCCUGUCGUUGGAAUUACAAAGCUUGGAAACGGUGUCACUCUCGACUCCCUUAAGCGCGCGCGCAGAAACCCACCCCUCGCUACCGAUGACCUCGCUUCUCCCCCGAAGAGCGUCUCCUCCAGCUCCGACCCUACCCAAUAA